UUUAUAUGUAUGGUACUGUACUGUAUUGAAAUUCUGCAUGAGAAAGAUGUGAAAAACACUGUAGUGGUAGUGCAGUGAAUAUUGCUCACAGCAUAAACUUACAUGUAGCUACAGUGGAAGCCAUUGAUCCUCAAGAAAUUGUUCUUAGGAAUUAUCUUUUCCAGUGUUUGAUAAUGGUUCUUGAAAUGUUUUUCAUGCUUCAAGAAUUUUAUUAACUUUACAAUUGUUCUUUAAUUUUGUAAUGUUGAAUAUUGAUAGAGUAGUUUUUUUUUUUUCAAAUUAACCAUUCAAGUUUUUUACAGAUACUGUAAACAGAAUUGAUAAUGAAAAUGCUCCACAUUCUAAAGCAGCCAUAGUAUCACGGAUGGCACGUAUGGGACAUGCUCUGCUCCCAUCAGGGUUGGUAAAUUCCAGGCAUCCUCCAACUGAUUCUGAAAGUGAAGUGGAAGAAAUAACCAGAAGACGAAAGCAGAAGUACAGCAGCGGAUCCAUUUCUGGGUCUGUGGAAGAGCUUGAAGCAACUCCUGCCAUCCGAUCUAGAGCUCCUUCUGUUCCUAGUGAUAGCUUGAAACCUGACCCAGCACCGCGACCGCCUCACAUGUCACACCAGCCACAGCAAUUAGUUGUUUAUCAGUCUCCAUGGCAACAGCCCGCUCUGUUGCCUCCAGGAUAUACUGCCGUCCAACCUGGUACCCAGUCAAUUGUGAACUCAACUCAGCCCCCAUCUGCACCAGAUCCAACCAUGUCGCUCUUGUUUUCAGAAAUGAGAGCACAAAAUACAGAGCUCAAAAUAUCUGUUUCAAAAAUGUCUGACAAGAUAGAUGGCUUAACUAGUAAGAUUGAGAAAAUGGAACUGCAGCAGAGGCAACCGGAAGGUGUAAAUGCUCACUCAGCCAUAGUACCUGCUGGUGUAAGAAACUUCCAGUUUAAUCUCCCUCCCCAUAGCAGUGCUGUUGAUGCACAGACAAUCUUAGCACAAAUAACCACAUUAGUCAGUGAUAAUGAGAGUAUGAAGGUGACACUAGAGGAGAAAGAAAAGAAAAUAAAUUCUUUGAAUGAAUCAGUGACUCAGUUACUUCAGAAGAAUCAAAAGCUUUUGGAGGACAAGACAGAUCUUUUGAUAGCUAAACAAGGUGCUGAGCAAACUGUCAGCCUUUCAGAAGUACUUCAGUUACGCGAAGAAAAAGCUGCUAUCAGUGGACAACUAGAAGUUAGUCAAGGCCAGUUAACGGUUGCAAAGAAAGAAGUACAGGAAUUCACAAAGUUAUUAGAGAAACAGGAAGUAGAGUUGAAGAACUUGAGAGUACAAAUUCAGGAAGAAGGAACAAAAAAUAUAGAAUUGCAGGGGAUUUCUAAUUCCCAAAGAGAAGGAAAUGGAAUUAUAUCCAGAUGGCUGAAGGAGAGGGAAAAUUUGGGUGAAUUGAGAAAGAACGACUACAGGCUUCAUUAG